GCAGGUUGGAUACUUCAUUGAACUGUAUGUUUGUUGUAAAGAUUCCGUCUCCAGUGAGGAUCCAUGAAGUGUACACCAGACUCUGCUGUCCUCCCUAUAUCUGCGCUGUAAAGUUAUUGUACAGCAGGUGCCUGGUUUCCACUAGUCUUUGUCAGUUGAAGGAAGGAUUAUUGGAAAUUGGACUGCACUGCAGGCUUGGCCUGAUUCAUUUUCUAUAAUGCUCAUGCUUUCCUAGAUCAAUGUUUGAAUGUCACAUGUGUCUCCCCAGUGCCUCGGCAUUGCAAGUUCAUCAAUGUCACGUUUCUGACAUUCUGGACGUGCUCACAGCUGAUCAAAGUUGCAUCGUGUAAGAGUGCAUUACUUCAGCACCAUGUGUCUUUGAUUGUGCAGCUCAACCUGAAACUAGUGAUUUGGAGAAACGUCUAGCAUGUCAUCUGAUGUAAGCUUUAUAGUCACUCAAAGAACACCUGGUUUGCAUCUUGCAGGAAUGAAUCACCUUCGUUGCUGGAGUUUGUGUCGGUUUGACAGCAGCAAAAUUCACACUUGCAUCUCAGCGGUGAUACUUGUGAGUAGCCUGUGUCCAUUUGGAUGAUAACAGUGUGACAGACAUACACAGUGUUAGCUGGGCUCCAGCAUGGAUGGCUUAUACAGGAGACUGUAUCUGGUCAUUGGUAAGAUAAGGAGAUGUGUAAUCUAACCACCAUUUAAUUGAUGUAAAAAGUGGACUAGAUGCCAUUAGGCAGGUGUAUUUUACCUCAUGUAUAUCAAAGUCCACAUUAUUUCUAGCCAACUGCAGGAGAUGGGCUUUCUGAAUAUUGAUUAUCUGAUUGGCAGCAGGCAGGAUUUGCUGAGGGCAAGUUUUCUAUGCCAGUAAAGUGCCUUUAUAAUGUUGCUUAGGGGCUCUGCCGACAAGGGAAAAACAGUCUUUCACUGACAAUAGCGGGCCUUUCACAUGGCAGUUAAUGAAGCGGAGCCGAAGCUUGAUGUUGUGACAUGUGGCUAGGAGCAGCAGUCAGCCAGACUAGCUGGUCGCAACUGUCAAACUGCCCCAUGGAUUACCUCUAAUCCAGUGCUAGAUGAAACAUGAGCUUACUAAUUCCUCUGGAUAAGCCUGUGACCAAACCAGUGGUACCUACCAGCAAAUGUACUUGUUGACAACUAGUGAAUACUGACCACCUGGAAAUGUCUCAGGACAAGUUGCAAGUUAUACAUGAAGGUGCCAGUGGCUUCUGCUCAUCUGCGGAACCAGUUCAGCAGAUAUACCGGCCACGCAGUCGCAGGGCGCCAAAGAUUGGAGAUAUCAGCCCAGAAAGUACUCCUGUCCAAAUUACUACCAGAAACUGUCACUUUGACCAGGGCCAGGACUCUCCUGAUGACAUGGUCCACAAACCUGAGUCUCAGGAGGAGAAAGAGGAGAACAUCCGCAACGUAGUCCUCACUGCUACCUCCGGGACCCCCCAACAAACAGGCACAUCGCAAACAAUACAGAUAGAAGGAGUCAAAGAGAAUCAACAUACUUCAGGGGUGAUUACACCAGUAACAUUUGUACAGCAUGCAAGUUCUUCACAUAAGAAGGUUCCACUUCAAAGAAAAAGUUCUAAUAUUACAAGUGACUCAGGUCGCAGUUCAACAAGUGAAAAUGAAGACAACAUUGACUGCAGUGUGUUCCGGGAGGACCUAGAUGUUGCCAGGCGUCACAGCAUUGCAUGUGUUGAUGCAACAGGACAUUUAAAUGUGCCCACUUUUGUAGACUACAUUGCCGACUCCCAGGUGGAAUCAGACAUACGCACCAGCUCCUCAUUUACCACACUUGGUAGUCCUAGUGAGAAUUCCGACUACAAUAUUCAUGGUUGUGUAAAUUCUAAGCGAGCUCCAAAGAUUAUUUACAGUUAUUCUGAAGAUCGAUUGACAACAUCAAAUGCAAAGAGACCAAUAUUUCCCUCCCUUCCAUACUCUCCAUAUGGCUCCCCUACUGCCUCCCCCCGCCUUCGUCGACAACCAACCAUGGAGACACACCGGGUGUCUGUCUCAGACAGUGAUGGCUACAUCCAACUCAAUCAGUACAAGAUGAAGGACGAAAUAGGCAAGGGUUCAUAUGGAAUUGUCAAGUUGGUGUUCAGUGAAGAGGAUGAGACACAUUAUGCAAUGAAAAUUCUAUCCAAGAAACGGCUUAUGAAAAAAGCAGGUUUUUUCAGACGCACACCCCCAUCUCGAGAUGGCAAGAAUAACCGUCCAAGUAAUCCUCUGGAUCGUGUCUAUCGAGAGAUAGCAAUCUUAAAGAAGCUUGAUCACCCUAAUGUUGUCAAGUUGGUGGAAGUGCUGGAUGACCCAGAAGAAGACAACUUGUACAUGGUUUUUGAACUUGUGGAAAAAGGGGAGGUGAUGGCAGUACCAACGUCUAGUCCUCUCUCCGAAAACCAGGCUUGGUGCUACUUUCGUGAUGUAAUACUUGGCAUUGAAUAUCUACAUCAUCAGAAGAUUGUUCAUCGAGACAUUAAACCUUCCAAUCUACUGCUUGCUGAUGAUGGGCACAUAAAGAUUGCUGACUUCGGUGUGAGUAAUGAGUUUAGUGGUGGGGAUGCUUUUCUCACCAACACAGCUGGCACUCCUGCAUUCAUGGCACCAGAAACACUGAAAGAAGAGCGUGAAAAAUACAGCGGCAAGGCUCUGGACAUUUGGGCCAUGGGAGUGACUUUGUUCUGCUUUGUCUAUGGUCGAGUGCCUUUUGAAGAUGAAUUCAUCUUGGGACUUCACAAGAAAAUUCUGAAGGAUCCUGUAAGGUUUCCUGAAAUGCCUGCUGUGUCAAAUGACUUGAAGAAUCUGCUUCUGCGAAUGUUAGAAAAGAUCCCAGAUACUCGUAUCUCUCUCAAUGAACUGAAGGACCACCCGUGGGUAACCCGUGACUGCCAGCACCCACUGCCCACAGAGGAGGAGAACUGCAGUCUGGUUGAGAUCACAGAUGAGGACAUCGAGAAUGUCAUUAAACAUGUGCCCAAACUAGAAACACUGAUCAUGGUCAAGAGCAUCCUCAAGCAGAAGUCAUUCCGAAAUCCCUUCUUACGCGAGAAAGAGAACAGACUCAAGAAUGAUCUCAACAAAACAGGACGCUCCAACUCUGCCCCUGAAACCUUCGCACAUAUCAUGAAAAGGAAAGUGUCAACUGAGGCCAAUGUGGAUGUGCCCCUGGCGGAAGCCUCCUGACAUCUUCCACCCUCUCAACAAGAUCCCAGUGUGCUUCCAGUGCCAUGACUACAUGACUACUCUGGCUUACACUCGCUGAAAAUAGGUAUCUGCCGGAGGAUGUGUUGAUUGGAGAAUGUGAAGCAAGUAUCGAUAUCCUACUGACACAAGACAACUGCUCCAGCAAAACUACAUGCUCCAGGAAUCAGUGUGGUGCUUCUCUCCUACUCAUGACAAACACAAGUAAUAAAUCAAACAAAAUGUUUGCAAUCUUUGACAGACACUGUUGCUGAGCCCACAUAUAGCAAUUUGUUCCUUCAAUUGUAUUAUCUCCAUUCCUUGUGUAUGUGUUUGUUUUGAGUUUAUUUUCUGAUUAUCCUACCAAAGACCCUGUGAUGCAGACAGGACUGUGGUUCCCACAGCUGCAUUACAAGGUGAUCUUUACCUGGCACAACAAAAUAUUUGUAUGUACAAGCUUCCUUCAUUGGUCAGUCUGUCGGUCAUGUUUGGUUUCAAUAGCUGAAUUGCAUACUGUUCAAUAUGAUUCCAUGAAACAUGUUUGCCAAGUGGUGCCUUUUGGCAGUUACCAUUUUCUACCAUCCGUAAGUAUUUUGUGUGUUUCAGAAGAAUCAAGGUGAAAUAUAUCUAUCUGAGCAGGUUUGCAUCAUCACUAGAAGUGUUCCCAUAAUAUCACUCAUCUAUCAAUCAAACAUUGUUGUAGGAUAUUUGCAAAUCCAAAUGUUUAUCUUGUUUUGUAGUCCAUGGCAACAAGAUACAAUAGUACUUACUUUUUGCUGUAUUUGGAAUUUGCCCAUUUGUUCAUCUUUCUGUAUAGUUUGAUAUGUUUUUACAAGCACUUUUGUGAAGUUGUGAGGGCAUUACUUCAACAAAGGAAGGAGGUAUAUAUAUAUAUAUAUAUAUAUAUAUAUAUACAUAAUGCAGCUGCCUGAUCAAGGAACUCCUACACCCCUGUGUACUUCACAACUUGGCCCAGAGAGGAUUCCAGGUUACAAUUGGUCCCCAGCAGACUGUGCUUGUCUUGAGAGGAAACUGCAUAGAUCUGAUGGUCAGGCUUGGUGAUUUGGUUAAUUGCAUAUCAUUGUACCGUGACUGCAUGGAUCGGUGCGCAAUUAUCAAUGACUUGACUUGAUUAUUUGCAGUCUGUCAUAUAGCUGAAAUGUUGCCGAGAGCUGUCACUAAACAACAAACAAGACAAAAAUGUCACGGCUUUGGGCUGUGAUGACUUAUGACAUUGGUCAUGAAAUAUGUAUAUAAGAGCCAUCAAAUGCUGCAAUGGUUGUUUCGCACAAGAUGUUUUCUUGAUGUUCAGGAUCUGGAGCUCCCUUUGAUGGACUACCAUCAAAAGCCAAGAUCAAACAUUUGUUAUGUUACCUUGUUUCAUUCCUACUUCAUACUUCAUCUACGUAUGUCCUCACGUGAAAGUCACUGCACUGAUCACUUCAAGACAGCAGAAUAUGGUCAAUAUCAUGCAGGAUCGGUUGACCAGUAAGGUUCCAAACAUCACUCUCUGCUCAAAAAGAGUAUUUAUUUGUUUUCAUUCCAAAGACAAGCUGAGGUUGUGUUCAUUAUUCAUCAACAUGCCAUGUGACUCCUUCUCAUGUGUAAAAACUCUCAACUUUUAGGGAAGGUGAAAAGUCUGGACGAGGCCUGGACUACAGCAGUGAGAGUCCAGACUUGAAGCUAUGCACAACCAUAUCCCAGUGUCCUUUCAAGACACUGUCUCCACCUCAUUGUUAGAAAGAGCUGCAUUUUGAGAGUCCUUUAAUCACUGUGAAAGAUACAUGAUAUUUGUUUACCUGUUGAUGUCCUUGGCUAUACAUGUACAAGUAAGUGUGACCUCACAAGCUAAUCACCGAAAGAGUCUAUGGAGGCAGAGUAUGCUAGUGUGUAGUGUAUGACAUUCUUGAAGGCCUAUCUCUGAUCUUGUUGCACAAAGUUUUGUAUAUUCCCCUACAACGAUUCUUUACAGUGCCUCACUCUGAUCCUUACUAACAGCGACCUAAUACUUAAUGCCUUCUGUAUGAAACAGGGUCCAUGAGGAAGAAGUCAAUGAACUUUCUGCAAUACUAGCAGACUAGUGAGCUAGCUAGUCUCCCAGGAUUGCUGGUUUCAUUCUUGGGCAGAGGUAGCUUUAGUUACAUGUAAAUAUAUUUCCCACACUAUUGGUUGUUCAACCACCGAAUAAUGACAGGUGUGAGAGGCUUCAUACCUUCAUAUACCUCCUAUAUACUCUGGAGGAAUUGUGCUGACAUUUUUUUGGAUGACCUUGAUUAACUAAGCGCAAAAAAACAUUGUGGUCAUGACAAAUGGAUCUUGAUGAAACUUAGUAUACAUCUCUAAGGUGGUUGUCUCGAUUGUGUCAACUUUUGAGUUACCUCCAUGCAAGGUCAAGGUGAAUAAAAGUCAGACAUCGUUCGAAAUUUCAGGUUAAUUCCUGAAAAAUCUGAGCAGUUUCCAAUCACUAAUAAUUGACAGUCAAUACCUGGCAUACCGUAUAUGACCGCGUAUAAGCCGAAUUUCGAGGACCAGAAAAAAGAUUCUGUAGAAAGGGGUCGGCUUAUCCACGGGAUACACUUUCAUGAUAGUAUUUUUCAGAUCAUGAUCUGUCAGAAAC